CUAUAUGUCGUCUUACUAAAAGGUUAAAUUCUUCGCACAUCGACAUUUUUGUGAAACAUGAGUCUGGAAGACGAAAGCUUUCCCGCUGACGAGCUGUUCGAACAUCUAAACUGCGUGGGCACAGGUGCUCCACGUCAGUUCAAGAGUCAGUUUGACGAACACGAUCAGCCAGAGGCAUUUGAGCGCAAUCCGGCGCCAUUUUUAACCAGCGACUGCUCUGAUGAGAGUUCGUUCAUUGAUGCCGUCAACAAGAGCGCCAAGACCUGUGUCAGUGACCCGGUGGGCCGGGACCAGGGCGAAGAAGAGGUAGACAAAGAUUUUGCGGAGUCAGCGCUAGCGAACGGUAAUUCCAAAGUUCAGAUGGGCAGUUCCCGGAACAGCAAGUCUGUCUCCUACCAGGACAUUCACUCGGCGCACACAAAGCGGCGCUACCAGCACGUCACUAGCAAAGUGGCAAAGUACAUAGCGGACAUCCAAGCCGAGGACCAGCAGCGUCGCAAUGCGAUCAAGAAGUUCCAGCGCCACAGCUCCAUGCCGGAGUAUUUGACGCCCACAUCCAGUGCGCGCGGGGCCCACUUCAGUGUGGACGAGCUGCACAAUCUGGACGAGUCUCUGGAUAACAGCAGUGCGGGAAACAUGACCGAUAGCAAGACACCCAACGACAGCUACGAGCGCCUCACCGAGAUGGAGCGCCUGCAGAAUGACAAGGAGGACCUGAAAGUCGUAAAAGAGCGCCUGGAGGACGAGAAGUUGCAGCUGCAGUCCUACAAUGACUUUCUGCAGACCAAGCUGGACGAUAAGGCUAUGGAGAACUUGCAGCUGCGGCGCAACAUUGAUGCCUUGCGCAUCGAUCUGACCGACUGCCAAGAGAAGUUGAAACGCAAUCAACAUUACUCGCUCCGCCCCCCCAACUUCUGUCCGCAUGCGAGCGUCCCCAAGGCCACGCAAACCGACCAGGAGUUGCUCUCAUUUGCCCUUGCAGACAGCGCUACGCCCCUCCCCGACUCCAAUCCGAAAAAUCUCACCUACGACAGCAGUGCCGGUUCCAUUGAGGUGGCCCUGCUGAGCGUGGCCCCUGCCGCCCGCAAGCCCAAUCCCGGAAAGCCGAAAAAGAACAUCCAGCCGCUCUCACUGGACUUCAGCAACGACAGCACCGAAGCAGAGCCAAAUGGAAAUGUCGGUGCCUCCACGGGUCACUCAUCCUCCCGAGCCGUCACCUCCAGACUGGCCGCGGCCCCUAACAACUCUGAGAGCAGCCACCCAAGCAGUAACGACUCGGCCAUCGAGGUGGAGGCCCUCGAUUUGCGCUCACCGUACCAUCGCCAGCCCCAGGGCAGCAUCUACCCGCCGAUGCAAGAUUGGGUUCACAGCGACGGCAUCUACUAUUUCGAUAAUCGCAACAAUCGCGUCAUCGAGGUUCGGUCUAUUAAUAUAAGUCAGAAUAUGAGCUCCAAUCCAGAUGAAUCCGGAACCAGCGAAAGAAACCUCCUGGACCAGUCCCACGUGCAGCUCCGGCACAAGAGAACUUCCAUGGGCUCGCGCAUUCUGCGUCUCUUUGGGCCUUGUGUCCGCUGCACAGACGCGAACCAAUCGGUCAACGCCAGUAGUGCCACCUACACCAUUGGCCUGCCCUUGCUGCGCGAGGAAUACAGCGGUCGCCACACCCACGCCGAACGCUGAUCUAUAUACAAAUACUAUGUGUCGUUUUGCUUUCUUUCGUUUUAAUUAUUGUAUCCAAAUUUAUAAUUUUAUGUUGCGUAAGGUCUCCUUAAUGUAGCCCACUCUUUUAGCCGCCUGAUUGGCGAGAGUAUCCCGUAGUCCACAAUAUGUAUAUCCAUGUAAUCCAAGUUGAAAUUCCAGUUUAAAUAUAUGUAUAUUUUC